GGUGCCCCCCCCCCCAUCGCCCUAUGGCUCGCUCAGCUGCCCUGAAGGUCAGCGGGACCCACAGCUCUGCCCCAUAGCGCCGGGUUCUGCCCUAAACAGCACCACCAUCACCAAUGAUUUCACCAUGAGCAGCACCACUAACAUGGCCGACCUCACCAACAUGGCUGACGUCACCAAGACUGACACCAACAUGGCUGAUGUCACCAACAUGGCUGACACUGCCAGCACGGCCACCACCAACAUGGCUGACCUCACCAACAUGGCUGACGUCACCAAGUCCGACACCACCAACAUGGCCGACACCAACACUGACAAGACUGACGCCACCAACAUGGCUGACACCAACAUGGCCAACCACACCAACAUGGCCGACAUCACCAACAUGGCCGAUGUCAGCAAGACCGACACCACCAACAUGGCUGCCACCAACAUGGCCGCCACCACCAAGACUGACACCACCAACAUGGCUGACACCAACAUGGCCAACCACACCAACAUGGCUGACAUUGCCGAGACCGACACCACCAACAUGGACACCACCAACAUGGCCGCCACCAACGUGGCUGACACCACCAAGACUGACACCACCAACAUGGCUGACUCCAAUGUAGCCACCACCACCAACAUGGCUGCCACCAACAUGGCUGCCACCACCAACAUGGCUGACACCAACAUAGCUGCCACCACCAAGACUGACACCACCAACAUGGCUGACACCACCAACAUGGCUGACACCAACAUGGCUGACACCAACAUGGCCACCACCACCAACAUGGCUGACACCAACAUGGCUGACACCAACAUGGCCACCACCACCAACAUGGCUGCCACCAACGUAGCCGCCACCACCAACAUGGCCGACGCCACCACUGAGGCCCACGCCACCCAGGCCAGCGUCAACAUGGCCGCCUCCAGCGCCUCCAUCACCAACCCUGCCGCCAUGUUGAACACCGCCAUGAUGAGCGCCGCCAUGAUGAGCGCCGCCAUGUUGAACCCUGCUGCCAUGUUGAACCCUUCCAUGAUGAGCGCCGCCAUGUUGAACACCGCCAUGUUGAACCCCGCCGCCAUGUUGAACCCUUCCAUGUUGAACGCCGCCAUGUUGAACCCCGCCGCCAUGAUGGAUCCCCCCACCACCAACCCCACCACCACCAAUGCCGCCAUGAUGGAUCCCACCAUCACCGCCAACCCCACCACAACCAACUCCGCCAUGAUGAGCCCCACCGCCAUAUUGAGCCCCACCACCACAACCAACCCCACCAUGGCCAACCCCACCGCCAUGAUGGAUCCCACCAUCACCACCAACCCCACCAUGACCAACAAUGCCGCCAUGAUGGAUCCCACCAUCACCACCAACCCCACCACAACCAACACCAUGAUGAACCCCACCGCCAUAUUGAGCCCCACCACAACCAACCCCACCGCCAUGAUGGAUCCCAACACCACCAACCCCACCGUGUCCAACCCCACCGCCAUGAUGAGCCCCACCGCCAUAUUGAGCCCCACCACAACCAACAAUGCCACCAUGAUGGAUCCCACCAUCACCACCAACCCCACCAUGACCAACUCCGCCAUGUUGAACCCCACCGCCAUGAUGGAUCCCACCAUCACCACCAACCCCACCACAACCAACUCCGCCAUGAUGGGCCCCACCGCCAUAUUGAGCCCCACCAUGGCCAACCCCACCGCCAUGAUGGAUCCCAACACCACCAAGCCCACCGUGUCCAACCCAACCGCCAUGAUGAGACCCACGAAGGCCAACCCCACCAUGGCCAACCCCACCGCCAUGAUGGAUCCCACCGCCAUGAUGGAUCCCACCAUCACCACCAACCCCACCACCACCCACCCUGCCCCCCCACGACGACCCCCCCCCCCUCCCUCUCUGUCCUCCCUGCUGCCCCCUCCCCACCUUCGCACCCUGGCCCGCCAUUGGCUGCAGGAGGAUUGCCCGGGCCUCGACCCCGCCGCCCUGCUGGUUGGCCUGAGCCCACGCCUCGCCAUCAUCGUCUGCAAAUCCUCGGGCCUUCUGGCCGGCCUCCCUUUCGCCGACGCCGUUUGGGAGGAAUUGGGUUGUCGAUCGAGAUGGAAAGUUCCGGAAGGAAGUCACGUGACUUCCGGGACGGUGGUGGCGGAAAUACGGGGUUCGGCGGCUCGGAUCCUACAAGGGGAGCGGGUGGUGCUGGAGGUGCUGGGGAGGUGCAGCGGGACGGCGACGGCGGCCAGGAAGGCGGUGGAGGUGGCGAGGGGGCUGGGAUGGGGCGGGGCGGUGGGCGGGACCAGGAAGACCACGCCCGGCUUCCGAUUGGUGGAGAAAUACGGGCUGUGGGUGGGAGGGGCCGACCCCCAUCGUUACGACCUCGGGGGGAUGCUGAUGGUGAAGGACACCCAUAGGGAUGCGGCGGGGGUCCCGAUGAGGGAGCUGGUCUCAGCCGCCCGUCGCGCCGCGGGUUUCAGCCGCCGCGUGGAGGUGGAGUGCGGGAGCGCAGGGGAGGCGCUGGAAGCGGCGCAGAGCGGAGCCGACAUCGUGCUGCUGGACAACAUGCGGCCGCGGGAGCUGCAGGCGGCGGCGGCGGCGCUGAAGAGCCGUUGGCCGCGGGUUGUGGUGGAGGCGAGCGGCGGCAUCACGGCGGCGGCGCUGCCCCACUGCGCGGGGCCCCACAUCGACGUGGUUUCUAUGGGGGCUCUGACCCACAGCGCCCCCCCCGUCGAUUUCAGCCUGCGGGUCUUAAGGGGGGGGGGGGGG